UCAGCCAAUCUGUUGGUACCUUGAAGAGAAAGAAAACUCCGAGCCUUUUACGACUACUGCAGCAAUAGCGUGAAUAGAGAGUAAGGAGAGGAGCUGUUUGUUCAUUAUUUCGAACAUGUUCAGAAACCAGUAUGAUACAGACGUGACGACAUGGAGCCCAGCAGGACGGCUCUUUCAGGUCGAAUACGCAAUGGAGGCCGUCAAGCAAGGGUCGGCCGCAAUUGGUCUCCGAUCAAAGACACAUGUCGUCUUGGCUAGCGUUAACAAGGCCAAUUCAGAGCUUUCGUCGCACCAGAAGAAAAUUUUCAAGAUUGACGAUCACAUUGGUAUCGCCAUUGCUGGCCUCACUGCUGACGGUAGAGUCCUUUCUAGAUAUCUCAGAUCCGAAUGCAUCAACUACAACUUCACUUACGAAUCUCCUCUUCCGGUUGGGAGACUCGUAGUUCAGCUAGCCGACAAGGCGCAGGUUUGCACACAACGGUCUUGGAAACGUCCUUAUGGUGUGGGCUUACUGGUUGCUGGCUUGGAUGAAUCUGGCGCUCACCUUUAUUAUAAUUGCCCAAGUGGGAACUACUUUGAAUAUCAGGCUUUUGCCAUUGGAUCCCGCUCGCAAGCUGCCAAGACUUACUUGGAGCGCAAGUUUGAGACUUUCAUGAGCUCCACCCGGGAAGAUCUGAUAAAAGAUGCACUCUCUGCAAUCAAGGAAACAUUACAAGGUGAGAAGCUGACCAGCUCUAUCUGCACUGUUGCCGUGGUUGGAGUAGGGGAGCCGUUUCACAUUAUGGAUCAGAAAACCAUACAGGAAGUGAUUGAAUCAUUAGAGUUGAAGGAAGAUGAGACUGUUGACCAAGGUGCAGCUAUGCAGGAGGACAGGAGCCCAGAAGCAGCCCCAAUGGAUAUUUGAUGACACAAGAAGAAGCGGCUGUUUUAUGAGGGAACUUAGAGAUCGUUUUGAGAAAUAGGCUUAGGGAUAAUGACAGUUCCAACUUCUCAGCGGAUCUUUUAUGAAUCCUUACUUGUUCUUGGUUCCCACUGCCCAACAUCUUUUUUUGAACUUAAUUUAUUGGACAUUCUGUUUUAAUCAGAUAUAGAAGACAUUUUGUGUUGUGCCCAUGCUACAGUUACUUAAGGUAAUCAAGUUAAUUGUGUUAUAUAUUUUUGGUGA